GUUCACGGUCACUCAGCUCGUAGUAGCGGCUUAGUUUCUCUCCGGAGAAGACUAUAAAUGGGAUGAAAUCAUAUAAAUCGAUGACAAUAAAUAAUGUCUUGUCAAACUUUUCUUUUUCGGCUUCUUGGUUUUAGUUUUUCGCUGUUAAAGCGGACUAACUUUGACAUGUUCCUCCCUGGUAACGCCUCCUUCUCUGCAUUGUGUCUGUGAUCUGAAUCAAAGUUCAGGUUAGCGACUUGUGUGAGAGUCCGCUGGGUCAGAGGUCACCUACCGAACAACUUGUGUCGUUUUGUGACCAUUAACGCUGCAUAGGUCGGUGGGAUCGUUUCCCCCGUGACACUGAACUGUUUAGUGUAUUUUUUCACACGAAGCAAAAUGAGUCCAACGGGAGAAACAACCGAUGAAACCUCCAAACCGUCCGUUCCUGCUGAGAUUGACGCCGAAGACAAGCGGAAAAAGGCGAAAGUUAUUUUUGUGGUUUAUGUCAUCGCCGCUUUGGACAUCACAUGGAUGUUUCUGCAGUUUACUGUCACACCUGUAAGUAUUUUUGUUAUGUCAGAGCAGAAAGCUAAGAUUUCCGUGCGCACAGUGAACGUACAAGCAGUCACGGAAACGUGCUUUAUGCGCGAGUUUACGUAAAUCACUGUCUGAUAUCGUUAUUUUGAAUGUUGAUAAACUUCUUGUCGUAUUUUUUGACAGAUCAUAUGCAUUUAUGGACUACCCCAGGGUUGCUGUCUUUUAUAAAAGGCGUAUUUACAGCGAAACUUCUCCUGCCUUUCCUCUAAGUUUUAAAGACCCUCCAAACCACAAUGUGAAGUAUUAAAUGACAUAAAAACUAAAAAGCCCAGUGUAACAGGUAAAACAUAAACCUACAGAUGCAGUAUCAGGUAGAAAUGCAGCUGGAUUGCUUUGAACUGACUAUAACUGUUGUAUGAUUGUCUUAUGUCAUUGUUAUGUAAUAAUUUUAGAUGGUGGUGAAAGUUUAGGCACAUUACUUUGAAAAAAUGUCAGACACUAAUUUAAACAAAGAUAAAUGUUGGUUGAGGUGAGUUAUUGUUUGACAUAUUUAUGAUCACCAUAUUACUCAGUAAUGAAGAGUUUGUAUGUUAAACAGUCUGAGUGAUGUAAGACUUUCUGUUAAUCCAUGAAUUAGUUCACUUUUAAUGUCUAGCAUUAACUAAUAGGCCUACUGUUCAUUCAUGUGUCAAAUACAACACAGGGUCAGCUCUCCAGUGUUCUUAAACUUCUGAGUUUUACUUACAGACAACAGCCAGGAGCAAUAACAGUAAAACUACAGUACAUACUGUCAGCACUUUACAACAAAAAACAGUUAGAAAACAAGAAGCAUUUGGCGUGACAUGUGCAAAUGGCUAAAAGGGGGCGAAAAAAGCGGAAUAACUCUUUAACCGUGUGUCUGAGAAAUAAGAUCUGACCGCUUAAGAUUUAAAGUAAAGAGCAGUAAAAAAUGUACAGAACUGAUCAAAUCUAAACAUGUGUAAAUAGUUCUUCCAAUGAGAGACUGGGUCUUCAGGUUCAGACUGUUUGUUUUCACACAACUUGAAAUGACGUAAAACAAAAAUACAUGAAAAACAACUUUUCACCUCAACAAAGUUAUAAAGGCAUAUAGUGUAUGAUUAGCUAAACAGUGUGGAUAUUGCUCAGACUAUUACACCUACAACUGGCAUGAUUGCUGCAUCCAGAAAAACGUAGUGCUAAGUUUGUUAGCUUGAGACCAGCAGCAUAUACGGUAAAUUACUGUUAAUAAUAAAUAUACAAUACGACACAAUACACUACAAACUACGUUGUCCCCCAGGGGAUUUUUGUCUGCAUUCACAGUGAUACAAAUGAAUACAAUAACAGUAUUAAAAACCAACACGAAACACCAUGCAAACAGAAUACACAAACAUAUUUCACAUUAUUCAACAGCAGUGUGCUAAUGAACUGACUGCAUUAAAUGACACAGCUGGUGAAUGAAUAAAUGAAUCAGCAGUAGGACAUUAAUUACUCAGUGUGCUAAUCAUAAUCUUAAUUACUCUAUGAUGUGGUGAUCAUUAGAGCAUGAGUAAGACGCACAUUAGCACAUGAUUAUCUGAACUUUAAAUUAGCAUCAAUAAAUUCUCAUGAGUGGAGCGGUAUCUUAAUGUCCUUUUGAGGAUCAUCCUUCACAUUUACAAAAAGUGCUUCUUCUGACAAAACAAGAGUUUAAACCUCUAAAUUAUUACAAAUACUUUUUAACAAGAUUGUUUUCUGUCUCUUUAAGUAGAGAGGACUCUGUAUAUGAAAUAUGUUUUUAAAAAAUCCGAACAGGAAGGCUGGGAUUUUACUAAUUUGGUUAAUUUGUUACUACAUGAACUCCUGAAAACUAUUAUCUAGAGGAUGAUUUUAAUGUGAGUUCUUAUUUUGUCCCCUGUCUGUAGUAUUUGGCGAAGAAACUUGGCUUCGACACUUUGUGGUUCGGUUAUUUACAAACCACAGUGGGUGUGAUCCAGCUGUUUGGGGGUCCCAUGUUUGGAAGGUAAGUGCCAAACACUGAAGACCGGACAGCAGAUUACUAUGUAUGUUAUUUUUAAUGUGUCACAGAUUAAGUGACCUCUAUUCUCACUCGUGGCUCCUGAGUUUGGCUUUGUUUUCUCUGCAGGUUUGCAGAUCUCUUCGGAGCACGAAUCGCUUUGUCUCUUGCUUGUAGUUCAACGAUAGUUUUCUUUCUGCUGCUGGCCAUAGCAGACCAUCCUGCCAUGCUCUUUGUCCACAAACUCCCCACAGUCUUCAUGCACGUCCUACCAGGUUAGCACCAGUUACUCUAAAGUCCUGAUGCUUUUCCCUCUGAACUAAGGCUGUAAAGAAGGCCCAGAAUCAGUUAAUAUUACAACUUUUUCUUAAAUUAAAAUGACUAUUUCUUUAUGCGAUGGUUUAAAAACAUCAGAAACCUUUUUGUUUUCCAUUAAUUUUAUUGUCCUUUCUCAUUAUUUUAUUCCUCUCUGGUCUCCCGCAGCCUCUCAGAUGGUCGUCGCAGACCUUUCAGAGCCGGAGAAACGGGCCGAUGCUUUAUCCAAACUAGCUCUGUGUUUUGGGAUUGGUAUGAUAGCCGGCUCCACGCUGGGCGGCCAUCUGAACACACGCUAUGGGUAAGUUUCAGUCCUUAUAGUCAUCUUAAUCUGGAAAUAUUGAAUCUUCAGGAGUAUAUGUCUUUCUGGUAUCAGCUUUUGUGAUUGACUGUAUUAGAGUCCCUGGAGAACGUAGUAAUGCUUAUGUUGUUUAUGCUUUUGUUGUUCAGUAUAAGUCUAUAAAACAGACACUUUCUACUCAGUCAUUUGCCUCAAUGUAAGGAAGGUGAAAGUAAGUCAGUGUUUCAUCCAAAGCUCGUUCUCUUCUUUGCCUUUAUAUGUGAAUAGAUUCAAAGACAAAAGUGUCCGCCACAAAUGUGAUGUUUUUUUAAAGGGAGGCCUCCAAGUGUGAAUAUUUCCAACAUCAUCUGUAAUAAAACCAAAAUGUUCAAGACUUUCGACCUCCCCAACACUGCUUUUAUUGUUAUUGUUGUUUUUUUUCCCAGGGAGACAUUCACAGCAUGUUUUGGCGCUGCAGGGAGUGCCGUCUCUUUACUGCUGGUUUUAAAGUUCAUCCCCAAAACCACCAAAACUCAAGCUUCAAGUACCGACACGAGAGGUAAGACAUGCUUCACUCUGCUCAGCUGCCAGUGAAUCUAAAUUAUUGUCAGGUUUAUGACCAUUUUAAAGCAGCAGAGAGUUUUCCGGUGUUUUUUAAAUUCAUAUUGAUGCUUUUUUAUGAAAUUUAAAAGUAAUCGACGACAGGGUGCGGGUCAGAGAGAGAACAGAAUCCUCAGCUUUAGAAUCAAGUUCAUUUCAGGUGUCUGACACGGUGAGAUCCAUAUUCAUCCUCAAUCUGGUCACCAAAGCUAUGACUUUACCACAGCGUAGUUCUCAUAACGUCACGACUUCAGGAGUUUUUUGACGUUUAUGAAAUAAAUCACGUACUGAUGUUUUUUCAUGGUUGAAUGUUAUUUUUCCUUCUGUUUAUGAUUCGAAUCCAAAUUUGCUGCAGACGACAGCAGAAAGAAAUCCGUCUUUAAUGUUGGAGAAAUCACCAGACUGAUGAAGUAUCCCGGUGUGACGCCCACCUUUCUGGUGAAGAUCAUCUCAGGUUUGCCUUCAGGUGAGAAAUAAAAACUUGAUUUUGAGCUGAAACCUUAUGGAGGCUGGGACUGUUUCGGUUCUGCAGAGUUAGCUCUCAAUCUCUAAACUCUGGACUUUCUUCCAAAGGUAUUUUCCAGGUCAUGUUCUCCAUUAUCGCUCUGGAGUUCUUCAAGCUGGAACCUCAGCAGAACGGUUACCUGAUGGCUUAUUUUGGCAUCGUCCAAAUGGUAGGUGCCGCUCAGAUUCCUGGAAAAGCUGAGUGGCUGUAGUGCUCAAAGGAUUAUAUCAAUCUGGAUGCUGUUUCAGGUCAUGCAGGGUCUGGUGAUCGGCCGGCUCACGGCGAGGUACUCUGACAAAUCGCUGCUGCUCAUGUCCAUCGGAGUUUCCUCUUUGGUUGGACUGGCUCAGGUACGUCCAAACACAUGUCCCAGGAGGGAAAAAGAAGCUCGUUGAAACAGGAGACUAAAAAUCUCUCUGUUUGUUUCUUCCUGCAGGCGUACAUGCAGAACGUGGUCCACUUCUGCAUCAUCGUCCCCCCCAUGAUGUUUGCUCUCAGUGUGUUCAAUGUCAUCACCGACAGCAUGCUCACCAAGAGCGUACCGUCCUCUGAAACAGGUAACAGAGACAAACUAAGCCUCAGUCUGCAGAUUCACCUGAAAUCAAACAAAAAUAACUCCUCUUACUUUAGUCGUUUAAUAAACCUUACAUGCUUUGUUCACACAGGCACUAUGAUGGGACUCUGUGCAUCCGUACAAUCUCUUCUCCGCACAGUGGGACCGACUGUCGGCGGCUUCCUGUACGUGAACUACGGCAUCUCAUCUAUAGGUUUAAUCGAGUUUUUUGUGAACGUUUGUGUGUUUGUAUUCAUGCUGCAGCGUUACCUCAAGAGCACGACAGAGCACAGGGACUGAAAACACUCACCUGAAGCCUCUCAUCAUAGAAACAAAACCCUGUUUGAUUUCAGGACCAAUCAUUUCCACAGAUAUUUAUAUUAAAGCACUCUGUCUCAGUCAGUUAUGACCCAAAGUGAGUCUUUUCAGUUCUCCAUUUUGUCAGCUUUUUACUCUGGUUCACAUUUACACCACUAGGUGGCAGCAAACCCUCUAGUUUUACACAUACCUCUCUUGAAGACUGGCACUUUAAGGUUGUUUCGCUGAUGCUCAGAGUUUUAAAACUAUAUCCUAACUGAUCCAAAGUGGACCAAUGAAUAUCACUUUUAAUCCAGAGCAGGAAUAUUUUGUUAAUUUGUCAUGAAAGUUUAUUUUUUGUAUUCAUCAUUUUUGUCAUUAGACUUUUUAAAAAGGUGUCUUUUGUACAUUAUAUCGAUUAAAGGCGAGAGCUACUGCUGUAAUGGAAAAGGUCGAAGUGUGCAGUGAUUUAUUUUGAUGAAAAAGAGGAGCGCAUCAUACAUGAUUACAGAAUAAAUAUAUUGCAUAUUUCCAGCUUGGUUUAGCGCCUAUAUCUUUGUUACUGAUACACAGUUCUGCAGCUGAGAAGAGACUUUUAUCAUGUUUGUUCAAGCAGAUUUAUUUGUUUCAGAUUUUCCUCCGGGUAAAUCAGAAAUCUUGAUUCCUGGAGCACUUUUUAAAACUCAUGUCACAGAACAGAACAGAGUCCUUAAAACACAAAAGCAAUCGAAGCAACUAUUCCAAUCCUGUGAACUCAGGAAAAAGCUCUCCAAACUUCUUCUACAGCUGUUGUAAUAAUCCAGGCACUUUCAGGCAUGUUGAAUAGUCUCUGUGUAUUAAAAUGAAGAGGAAGGUCAGAUUUUGCAUUUUUUUCCCCAAACC